AUGGAAUUUCAAGUUGGCGGUAAAGAUGGUUGGGUGGUGAAACCUUCCGAAGAUUAUAAUCACUGGGCUCAAAGACAUAAGUUUCAAGUUAAUGACAUUCUAUAUUUUAAGUACAAGAAAGGGAAUGAUUCGGUCCUGGUGGUGAAGAAAGAGGAUUAUAUUUCGUGUAACAUCAAUAAUCCCAUUCAUAAAAUGGAUGAUGAGAAUUUAACUUUUCUUUUCGACAGGUCGGGUCUCUUUUUCUUUAUUAGUGGCAACAUGGACAACUGCAAAAAUGGUCAAAAGCUUAAAAUUUUUGUCAUCGCCGUAAGAGACACACUUCCUCAUGCUACACCACCGUCCCAAUCAUCGGUGAGUGUCCCAAAUGGACAUGGAGAAGGGGACGGUGGAGGCUGGAGUGGAGGAGUGAACGAUAACAAUAUAUGCCCGAUAUGUUGUCCCGUUGCACAUUAUUGCACCUGUUGCUAA